UGGCCCGUCUGUGUGGAGAAUGUGGCGCGAUAGACCCGGGCGACGCUGUGUACAUAUAAACUUCUGCCUGAAAAUAAUCAAUAAAAUAGUUUUCUAAGGUCUUUUUUUUAAGUUUGGGAAAUUCUGCCAUUUCUAAACUACAAUCCCGCAGGAAGUACCGCGCAUCAAGCUGAAAAUGCCCCGCAGACGACAGAGACAUAUGGUCGGGAGUGGUUCUGAUGGAACCGAAGACUCGGACUCCUCCGCUGAAAGAGAACAGACCAAUAGCUCAGAAAGUGAUGGGAACAUGCCCAAGAGACAGCGCCUCACCAGAGCCUCUACUCGCCUUAGCCAAAGCUCUCAGGAUACUCCGGACUUGAAGCGAGCCGCUGACCACGAUGAAUCUCCACCAUUGACGCCAACGGGAAAUGCCCCCUCUUCUGAAUCUGAGCUGGACAUCUCCAGCCCCAAUGCCUCCCAUGAUGAGAGCCAGGCCAAGGAUCAAGCCAACAGAGACUCAGAUAAGGACCUCUCCCAUCGACCCAAGCGCCGUCGCUGUCACGAGACCUAUAACUUCAACAUGAAAUGCCCAACGCCGGGAUGCAAUUCACUCGGUCAUCUCACAGGAAAACAUGAACGUCAUUUUGCUGUAUCAGGUUGCCCUCUUUACCACAAUCUUUCUGCUGAUGAAUGCAAGGUGAAAGCCAUCAGCCGUGAGAAACAAGAGGAGGAGGUGGUGAAGGAAGAAAACAACUCGCGCCAUGCAACUCGCCACCAGACACCAACAUCAAAACAGAGCAGAUACAAAGAGCAGGUGUCUGAGAUGAGGAAGGGGCGAAACUCUGGCCUUCAGAAGGAGCAGAAAGAAAAGCACAUGGAGCAUCGGCAGACACACAGCAACACCAGAGAGCCUCUGCUGGAGAACAUCACCAGUGAAUAUGACCUGGAGCUCUUCAGAAAAGCCCAGGCCCGUGCAUCUGAAGAUCUGGAGAAGCUUCGUAUCCAGGGUCAGAUCACAGAGGGCAGUAACAUGAUAAAGACAAUCCUGUUUGGCCGCUAUGAGCUGGACACUUGGUACCACUCCCCCUAUCCUGAGGAGUAUGCACGCCUAGGUCGCCUCUACGUCUGUGAAUUCUGCCUCAAGUACAUGAAGAGCCAGACCAUUCUCAGACGACACAUGGCCAAGUGUGUGUGGAAGCAUCCUCCAGGAGACGAGGUUUACAGAAAGGGUGGAAUAUCUGUGUUUGAAGUUGAUGGCAAAAAGAAUAAGAUCUACUGCCAGAACCUGUGUUUACUCGCCAAGCUCUUCUUGGACCACAAAACGCUGUACUACGACGUUGAACCUUUUCUCUUCUAUGUCAUGACUGAGGCCGACAACACCGGCUGCCAUUUAGUGGGAUACUUUUCCAAGGAGAAAAAUUCCUUCCUCAACUACAAUGUAUCCUGUAUCCUGACAAUGCCGCAGUACAUGAGGCAGGGCUUUGGCAAGAUGCUCAUUGACUUCAGCUACCUGCUGUCCAAAGUAGAAGAGAAGGUGGGCUCACCCGAGAGGCCUCUGUCCGACCUGGGCCUCAUCAGUUACCGUAGCUACUGGAAGGAAGUGUUACUCAGAUACAUGUGCAAUUUCCAGGGCAAGGAGAUCUCCAUCAAAGAAAUCAGCCAGGAAACUGCUGUCAAUCCGGUGGACAUAGUGAGCACCCUGCAGUCUCUUCAGAUGCUCAAGUAUUGGAAGGGAAAGCACCUGGUGUUGAAGCGACAGGACCUGAUUGAUGAGUGGAAGGCGAAGGAGAUCAAGCGAGGCCAUAGCAACAAAACCAUCGACCCGAGCUCACUAAAAUGGACCCCUCCCAAAGGGACAUAAGCACUAAGAUGCUCAGGCUACUGAAUAAACUCAACUCCAGCCUCACCAGCCACAACUAGCCUAGACCUACGAACUGUCAAUAAAGACCAGUGUUCAUUCUUUUUGUUCAUGAUUUUACCCUCCUUUAUUUGUCACUGAACUUUUUUUUUUACUUUUAUAUUUUACUUCCAUUUAGAUUUUAAAGCUACAUACGUUCCAAGUCCAAUGAUUCUCGUCUUAAAUAUUGUCAAACAAUUUACAGUAGAGAAUCUCUUUGUCCUAUUUGUUUUAAAAACUGCCUUCAUCUAAUAAGCUUUGAAUGUUAAAUGAUACAUGGUCCAGUGUUGUGGAUAAAAUGAAUGUUGGCUUUGCUCAUGCAAAAAAAAAAAGACAUACCUGCAUUUAUCAGCAUUUACAUGCUGUUAUUUUUUAUUUCAUUCAAGAAAUGUGCAUUUUUAAGAUGGUAGUUUUUGUUUGGGCUUAAUACAAUAAUUGUUAGCAUGACUUGAAAUCGUAAGCGGAGUGUAUUUUCAGGAGUAUGAUGUAAGGUAACGUUUUCUUUGGUUGGUGUAAAAUUGUAUAGAUCAUCAUAAUGUGUAUUUUCUUUUUUUUUUAGCUCCAUCAAUACAGGAUUUGGACCCAUUCCUCAGAUGAACCUGCCAAAUGAUGGAAUAAUAAAUGAUAGAUAUUUUUAAUUUGCUGAGAAUAUACAAAAAAAAUUAAGACAAUACCACUGUAAGAAUGCACAUAGAAAUAAAACAACCUCAGGUUUUUAUACUGAUACAAUCAUACCUUGCUUGUGUGGUUUCUCCGAAACAUCGAUCGCAGUGGUUGUUGCAGACAGAAUUUCUCUGGUUAAAGAUUCUGUAAAAAAACGGGAAACAUUUUAACUUAACAUUUCAAUGGGCCCGUCUAUGCCUUGUACUUUUAAUGAUAGCUGUUCAAUGUGUAUUAGCAAUUU